AUGGGACAUAGCGCAAGCAAGGAAUCAGAGCCGACAGACCAGCUCGCUGGAGCUGGGAACGCGCCUGUGUUUGGCAGGGAGCGCGAACUGGUUCUCGCGUCGGUCGUGUUCCAGCGGAAGGUGCUCAUGUGUUUCGCCAGUGCCAGAUCCUUCGACUGUUACGCGCGUGGCGAUGGUGAAUUCCAAAUUCGGGACGACGGGCUCGGGUUCCCCACGCUGGCAAUGGAACGCGCGCACCCUCUGCAAUGUCUCUUGAAAGCCAGGGAUCCAGCUUUCCGCAUCUAUCAGUUCUUUCUGAGAACAGCUUCUGAGCCUGCACCGCAUCCCGAGUGCCGGAUAGCGUGCCACUCUGGGGACAAACUAAUCUACAAAGCGCCAUUCUGCGACGUGUACGAGUUAGACAGCCCUGUAAGAGACGCUGGCUACGAGCUUAGCUUCCCAAAUAUGCCCGACACCACAAGGGUACGUCUAGAAAGAUGCAAGGGAUCGCUACAUAUGAGCGCAGAUCUCGGAGGUUGGAAUACUCAAUGGAUUUGUACCUCUGGGUCUCCGCUACACCCAAAGGAACUGCUUCUAGUUGUAACAGAGGGCGGACGUGAUAUGCCCAGCAGGAUCAGGUUGCCAAGCUCUCUGUCCGCCAGGCAGUGGGCCAAGUAUCGGGAAUUCUUCUCCGUCCUUCCGUCCCGAAGUGCUGAAAAGGUUGCGUCGCUUUGCGUCCGGGAUGCUGAAGUUAGCGAGGCGGAAGUCUCAACUUGCGGAAUCGGCGAGGUCCCGUGGUACACUGGGGUAAUAGGCUGCAUGGGGCUUAUAAUGUGCCAUUUGCAUGAGCAAAAGAAGCGGAACCGUGGCAAAAACAAUCCGUUCAGUGCGGCGAACCACUUGGGGAGCGCACCAUUUAUUGCGUCUUCGGUCAUGGGCUCUCCUGCUUCUUGUUAG